GCGGCCGAGCAAGGCGUGGCGGAGCGGAGCGGAGCGGAGCGCACGGAGCCGCGGGCCGCUUCUGCGCAGGACCCCGUCCUUCUCGGCGCAGCCCCAUCCCCGCCGCGUCCCGUUACCCCGGCCGGGCUGGCAAGGAGGGAGGGCGGGCGCCGCCUUGGUGGCCCAGCCCCCGAAGGCGGAACGGCCGGGCAGGGUGGGUCUCGGCGGCGGCGGCGCGCCCAAGUCCCUCUCUCGCCCGGCGCCUGAGGGCGCAGAAACUGCUAGGCGCUGCUGCCGGCGGCUGGGCAGAAGGCGAGCGGCGCGGAGGACGGAGCCCGGCCGAGCGGCCACACCGAGCGGAGCCGGGCGACCAUGGAGCGGCGGGACCCCCCCAGAUGGACGAGCGCCUGGCCGGCGGGCCUCCUGGCAGCUUCCAUCCUGAGUUCUUCCUUCCUGUUGACUCAGGCUCAGCAACCUACAACCGUUUACAACAUCUCAGUCUUCAUGGACCCACCAGAGGCAUUAGAAGGGCAGAAAAUCAAUUUGACACUAACCCAUGCCCCAGCCGAAUUCUUUCUCUGCAACUGGUACCGAGGGACAGAGGUCAAAGAAAACUUGAUAGUCACUAUCUACCUACCGCCAUUAACGGGAAACACAUUUGGAUCUGCCUACACUAACCGUGAAAUUCCAGGCUUCGGCUGCUCUCUGCUCAUCACAAACUUACAUCCGAACGACUCUGGAAACUACACCGUGACAAAGGAUGGAGCUGGAGUGCAUGGAAGAGGGCUUGCCAACAUACAGGUCCUAGAAAAACUCUCAAACCCAGACCUGUGGUCUUCGGCAUUUCUUGUGGCCGAAAACGGAACUGUCACACUGAGCUGUAACACCUCCAGUAGCACCAGAGUCACCGUCACCUGGUCCAAGGAUGGUAGACCUGUCCCAGCUAAGGCACGGCUUUCCGAUCAGAACCGAACCCUCACUCUGCUUAAAUUUGCCCCAGAGGAUGCAGGGAACUAUACUUGUAUGGCCAGCAACCCUGUCAGCAGCGCCACGAGCAACCCCAGAACAAUUACAAUGGCAUACGGGCCCACGGCUGCUAAGCUGAACCAGUCAGGAACCAUAGUUCAACCACUGGGUUCCACGUUGGUUCUGCUCUGUACUGCGGACUCCGUGCCACCAGCGGAGUUUGAGUGGUUCUUCAAUACCACGGCUAAGAAUGGGACAGAGGACACUCUCAGUGUUCGCUUGGAGACCUGGGAAGAUGAAGGGAGUUACAUGUGCCAAGCUAGAAACUCCUUCACCCACCAUAACGCUUCAGCCUCUCUCUAUGUGAAGCUGACAGGAUCGGGCUCAGGACUACCUGGUCUCUCUGCUGGGACCAUUGCUGGGAUUGUCAUUGGUUCUGUGUCUGGAGCUGUGCUUUGUGUGGGUGUCAUGUACUUUCUCUUCACCAAGGCUUCCUGUUGGAGGACGGAACAGCACUCAUCCAAUGGAAACAUACCCUCAGCGCCCGGCCACAACCAGGCCACUGACACCAAGUCCAAACCGGGUGAAGAAGACAUACAAUAUUCAACAUUAGCUUUCAGCACUAAUAACACUUCUCAGCUGGCCUCAGGACUCACCCGGCCUUUGGACAGUGGCACCAUUUACUCUGAAAUCAAGAAAAAAUGAUUGUGGAUUGUGGAUUGUGGGUUCUUUAGCACAGGAGCCCCCUCUGCUUCAUCUCUCAUCCCUCUUGUCGGACUCUGGUGGGGGGCUUAUGUGGGGAAGAAGGAGGGUAAAAUUAUAUCUGAAAAGGAGGGGGGAAGAAACCCCUUCCCACGUGAUCAAUUACUGUCCAGAUGCCACCCAACCUCUUAAGUUGGAAGCAAAACAGCAGCAACUGCAGAGGAUUCUCUCCAUGCCUGAUGUAAUUGCAGGGUUGGCAGUGCGGUGGAGUGCAAUGUAGGCCAGCAUUCAUUUCAUCAUGUUUUGACUUCUGUGCGUGCAGCGGUGAGGCUGUUUCAUCCACCAACCUGGGUGGGAACCAGAAGCAAGAAGUUGUAUUUUCUUCCUCUUCCUUCCCUCCUGUUCCCAUCCUUGCCGUAAUUGCUGAGUGUGCCAAAUGGUUCUUCUUUUGUUUUGCAACUUGGGUUUGGUGUCGCCGGCCAGCUGUGGCUCCAAGUCUCCUGGGGCUUCCAUGCCACAUGAAGAAAGGUCUCCUUUACAUGGGAAAGCAUAUGACCUGCCAUUGGUAUUCGCUGUUUUUCAGAACACAGAGAAGCAGAUUCCCCCCAGUCAGAUCUCUGCAGUUUCUAGGUAGUUUUUCCUGCUCAAAGGUUCCUUUGCAUUUUGAACCUGAAGCCGUAGGUAGACUUGGGCCUCCAUUACUCAAGGUUGUAGUGGGAAGCGGUGGUGGCAAAGGGCACCCUUGCCAUGAUUUUCCUUCUGGAACCGUUCCCUGUUUUCUCCAGAUUAACCACACAAGCCAGCCUUCAGUCAGAAGAGAAAAACAAAGGAGGAACAGUCAGGAGCCAGACAGUGAAGUGAGCAAGGUCAGACAGUGAGGUCCCUGAAACAGCUGUUUGAAGGAUGAAGUUCUCCGAGUUUUUCCAGCAAACUGGCAUUUGCUGGGCAGAAUGACCACCAGACACAGAUUUACAGUCACACCAGUGAGGCUUUCACUUGCUCUGAGAAACAGAUGAACAUGUCCUCUGGUUUAUUGACAACCCCAGAGCUUUGGGUGGACGUUUUUUUGAAAAAGCCCCACUCAGCUUUGAAGACCAUCUCUUUGGGCAGGUCCUAGUUCUUCAGACAGACUUCUUCCCACUUGUAGGACUGUUGGGGUAUUGCACUGAGAUACAGCGGGAGGAGGCUUUUAAAUUAAUUGCUGGUAUAUAAUAACGGUAAAUAUAGGGACCAAAUGCUAGAUUAACUCCCCCGCUGCAGAAAAAUGCCUGAGUUAGGCAGGAAGGAAGCGCUGCCUCGCUGAAAGCAUCCAAGCAUGGAAAGGGAGGGUGUUUAGCCAAGGGUGUCUCUUCGCUUUGAAAAACAGCAGUCAUCUUACAGCUAUACAGCCUGCCUGCUUCAGCUUAAUGGUGUUAGAAUUAGCUGUCCGUCUUGCCUCCAAAUCCAGGUCGCUUAAGGUCUGUAGCAGGAGGGGAGAAAAAUCUCUCUCUAACAUCCACUACUUCCUGUUAGGAUAGCAAGUUCAGGGCCUCCCCUCCCUCCCCCAUCCCUGUUUCUUUCCUUUGGCCAAGAAAGUCAGCCUGUCCCCGCAUGGUAUGAUAGCAUCUCAUGCACCCUGGGCCUCAAAUAAUUGUUGGGUGUGGCUGGAAGACAGCCCAUGGUCACACUAAGCUUUGGGGCAAGAGGACAAUGGAACAGUGUUUCGAAUAAGGUGGUUGCACUUACAGUCCCAGUCCCCAAGUUAACCCGUGUGUCAUCCUAUCUUGAAGGGUUUUCUGGAAACAGCUGAAUAUAUGAUGGGACCCCACCAAGAGACCUCGUGUUACUGUUGUAUUUGGCUGGCAGGUUGUUCAACAGUGGUUUUGAGCUGUUUUUCAAUGGAUAUGUCUGGAUAUGUUUUUUAAUUUAAAUAAAAAAAAUAGAAUGGGAAAAAAGAGGUAAUUUUGUAUAUCAUCAACCAUUAAAAAAACAGAAUUGCUCUCUGUUGGGGGCACCAACAACUGUCCACCUCCAGGUUGUUGCCUUCCAGAUGGGGGAGGGGGGGAACUGCCAUUCCCAGAAUUCAUGGCCAGUAUGGCCUUCAUCUCUGUGGAUUGCAUGCCUGUGGUGGCUGCAACAACUUUGCGGGUGGGAAGUGAUAUCUCAAGUUACCAAGUGACCAAAACAUUAAUGUGUAUAUAUUGGCUUGCAUUCAACUUGGUAACUCACAAAUCUUGCAAAGGAGGGGGUUGGGGGGGAAUGAUGGGAGAUAGCCCUAAGCAUUCAGAAGGCACAAGUUUAGACAGGGUUGUUUAAAAGGCCAAGAGAGUGAUGGUUCUUUCAGAUAC